ACCCUAAACCCUCAACCGAAAAAACGUUGUGUUGUAAUCGUCUGCUGCUCCGCACCACAUCCCCACUCCGUAAUAGAGACGAGCCGCUGUCCGUCUCUCCCUACUCUCCCUCUCUCUCUCCGCCGCGGCCACCGCCAGCCGUACCUCCUGUCACGAGUUCCUCCCGUCUAACUAUCCUCUCCAAACCACCACCGAUUUAAUCCCGAGAAUCUCAUUCCUUCCGGUUCCAUGGCGUACGACGGAGGCAAACUCAAGUCGACCUCCAUCAAUGGUGUCAAGAUGUACAGCGUUGCUUCCCAGCAACGCUCUCUCGCCACCUGGCUUAACCCUAAGAAGCGUCGAGCUCUUCGCAAAGACCAAAACUAUAUGCAAAGAGUGGACUUGAUCCAGGAUCUGAGGUUUGAAACUGCAACAACCAAAAUCAAGGCAACUCCUGAUGGAGAGUUUCUAAUUGCAGCAGGUAUUUACCCACCACAAGUCAAAGUUUAUGAGCUGAGGGAACUUUCACUCAAGUUUGAAAGGCACUUGGACUCAGAGAUAAUUGAUUUUCAGGUUUUGGCCGAUGAUUAUUCAAAGCUUGCGUUUUUGUGUGCUGACCGUUCUGUUUAUCUACAUGCGAAAUAUGGAAAGCAUUACAGUUUGCGGAUUCCAAGAAUGGGAAGGGAUCUUGCAUAUGAUUGCUGGUCUUGUGACUUGCUUUGUGCUGCCUCUUCUCCAGAAUUAUACAGGAUUAAUUUGGAACAGGGGCGAUUCCUCUCUUCCCUUAGCACACAAUCGCCUGCACUAAAUAUAGUUUCUCGGAGCAAGCUUCAUGGUCUUGUUGCUUGUGGUGGUGAGGAUGGUGCCGUGGAAUGUUUUGACUUGAGAAUGAAAUCUUCAGUUGGCAGGAUUAAUGCUGUCGCACCCGCUGGUGACUUUGACCAGGAAGUCACUGCAUUAGAGUUUGAUGAAAAAACGGGUUUCCAAUUGGCUGUUGGAAGCAGUGGUGGAAAGGUGUUCAUCUAUGACUUGCGCUCAUCACAUCCUAUACAGGUUAAGGAUCACAUGUAUGGUAGCCCGAUAUUAGACAUUAAAUGGCAUCAAACUCUAAACUCUGAGGGGCCAAAGUUGAUUACCACUGAUAAUCAUAUUGUUAGAAUAUGGGAUCCUGACACGGGUGAAGGCAUGACCAGCAUUGAGCCAACGGCUGGCACAAUUAAUGAUAUUUGUACAUUCCCUGGCAGUGGGUUGAUGUUGCUUGCUCUGGACUGCAGUCAGAUUCCAUCUUAUUUUAUACCUGAACUUGGACCUGCUCCGAAUUGGUGUUCUUACCUGCAAAACCUUACUGAGGAGCUAGAGGAGGGUGAACAGACUACCAUUUAUGAUGAUUUCAAAUUUUUGACAAAAGAAGACCUCGAGAGGUUGAAGUUGACUGGUCUCAUUGGGACCAGUCUACUUCGAGCUUACAUGCAUGGGUUUUUUAUUGAUUAUCGGUUAUAUAAAAAGGCAAAAGCUUUGGCAGAGCCUUUUGAUUAUACUGAAUACAGAGAACAGCGGAAACGAGAGAUGCUAGAGAAAGAACUUGCAGGAGAGCGAAUUACGAUUAAGAGGAAAUUGCCCAAGGUCAAUCGAACUCUUGCAAAGAGUAUUCUUGAUAAUGAAGAUGCUGAGAACGAAAUUAAUGUUGAUGACAAUGAGACUAAGAAGCCAGCCAAGAAAAAGAAGGCACUUGCUAGUGAUAUUCUCAAAGACGAGCGGUUUGGAAAAAUGUUUGAAAAUGAGGAUUUUGAAAUUGAUGAGUUCUCGCAAGAGUAUAGGGCUCUACACCCUAUGCCUUCUACGAAGCAACCAUCUUUGGUAGAGGAACAUUUCAGACCUUCCAUGGAGGAUAAUGAUCCGGACUUGAGUGAUUCUGAUGCCUCAGCGACAUCUUUGGAUGAGCCUGGCCACGAAAACAGUAAACUGAGAAUGAAGGGACGAACUCCAAGAUUGUAUGAAGUUAAGGAUGAGCGGCAUGCAGAAGCAUUCUUGAAUCGCGAGUCUUUUGCAAACGAGGAAUCACUUCCACUGGGGGAGAGGGUGGCAGCCCUCAGAGAUGAUCGGCGAGUUUCUGCCAUCCCGAGUGAUGUUAAGCUUGGACCUGGAGGUUCGCGUGAGAUUUCUUUUAGGGCUAGAAGCAACUCUAAGUACAAAGAGGACGAGGAUGACGAACAGCGUGGAAAGAGAAGGGGAGUUCAAUCAUUAGGACUAAAACCAAAUGGGCCUGGAUUUGGAGGCCGAGGAGGAAGGGGAGGAAGAGGAGGCCGAGGAAGAGGAGGGAGAGGAGGGCAUCGCGGAAGAGGAAGAAGAGGUGGCCGGUAAACAUUUCAAGCAUUGUAUGAAUGAUUUUGUUUCUUGUUCGACCAAGGAUGCACUCAACAUUGAGACAUAGAGUUGUGCAUUUAUACAACUUUGCCAUUCCGGGGACUUUAUGAUGUGCUACGGAAUCUGUCGUUCUUUAACCCCAAUUUUUACUGAUUGCUGUUUCA